AUGGCCUGCCAGAAGAGGCCCUCAGGCCACCUUGUGUCUGUGCUCAGUGGGGCUGAGGGAUCCUUCGUGGCCUCCCUGGUGAAGAACAACUUGAAAACCCUCUCAGACGUCUGGAUUGGGCUCCAUGACCCCACAGAGGGCUCUGAGCCCAAUGCCAGUGGAUGGGAGUGGAGUAGCACUGAUGUGCUCAAUUACGUUGCCUGGGAGAGAAAUCCAGCCACCGUCUCAAACCCAGGCUACUGUGGGAGCCUGUCCAGAAGCUCAGGGUAUCUGAGGUGGAGAGAUUAUAACUGUUAUGUGAACUUACCCUAUGUCUGCAAGUUCAAGGACUAAGUCAGAUGGGAAGUCAGUAGCCUGAGUCUGGUGUGCAGCUCAUCAUGGACUUGGAACCAAGUAUGAAGACCCAUCCCGGAAAGGGAAAUCCUCCCCACACCCCCAACCUGACCACCUCAUUCUGGCCUUCCCUGUCUCUCAGCCUCAUUUCAGGCAUUUGUGUGUGUGUG